AUGGCUAUGGUGGAGAUCAACAGCGAGGGUGGCGGCAAUUGGCGACUAUUGAUCAGCGGUGAUCGAGGAGCAGUGGCGAUAGUAGCGAUUGGUGGCAGUGGACACAAACGACGGCGAUCGGUGAUGGUGGAGACCGGUGGCAAUUGGUCAAUCAUUGCACUCUCAAUGUUGAGCUUCAACGUCUCACCGCUGCUCUCCUUCCCUCCCUCGCUGACCUCAAUCAUACUCGUCCUCUUCAUCACCUUCCUCACCCUCAAAUGCCUCCGCCUCCUCUGCUCGUCCACGGCUGCCGCUGACCUCCACCUCCCGCCGUCGCCGCCGAAGUUCCCGAUCAUUGGGAACCUCCACCAGCUCGGCAAUUACCCUCACCGCUCACUCCAAGCCCUGUCGAGGCGCUAUGGCCCCUUGAUGAUGCUCCACUUUGGGAGCACACCUGUCCUCGUCGUGUCGUCCGCCGACUGCGCUCGUGACAUCAUGAAGACCCACGAUGUCAUUUUCUCUGACCGAACCAGGUCAACCCUAUCCGAGAGGCUUCUGUACCACCGCAAGGACGUGUCCCUGGCGCCAUACGGCGAGUACUGGAGGCAAAUGAGGAGCAUCAGCGUGCUCCAGUUGUUGAGCAACAAGAGGGUCCAAUCGUUUCGCACGGUCCGAGAAGAAGAGAUCUCUCUGUUGAUGGACAAGAUCGAGCGGCAGCGCUCGGUGGACCUGAGCGGCGUGCUCGCGUCGCUGACAAACGACGUAAUAUGCCGGGUGGCUCUGGGGAGGAAGUACAGCGAGGGCAACCAGAGUGAGAAGUUCAAGGGACUGUUGGCGGACCUGGUGGGGUUGCUGGGCAUUUUCAACGUUGGGGACUUCAUUCCGAGCCUCGGGUGGAUCAACAAGCUGACCGGUCUAGACGCGAAAGCGGACCUGGUCGCGAGGGAGUUCGACCAGUUCCUCGAUAAGGUGGUGGAGGAGCACCGGAGGAAGAUGGAGAAGAAGAGCACAGGCGGCGGCGGAGGUGAAGAUAGGAGAGAUUUCGUGGACGUUUUGCUGGAGAUUGAGAAGGAUAAGACUGUUGGUUUUGCUCUUGGUGCCGAUAGCAUCAAAGCACUCAUAUUGGACAUGUUUGCAGGAGGAACCGAUACAACGCACACAGUCCUGGAGUGGGCAAUGACCGAGCUCUUGAGACACCCUCGUGCCAUGAACAUCCUCCAAACCGAGGUCCGCGAAAUCGCCAAUGGCAAGCCAAUGAUAAGCGAUGAGGACUUGGAAAAAUUGCAUUACCUACGAGCAGUCGUCAAAGAGACGCUCCGCCUAUACCCUCCGAUCCCGCUUCUCAUCCCGCGGCUGUCGACCCAGGACGUCAAAAUCCAAGGCUACGACAUCGCAGCAGGGACUAUGGUGAUCACAAACGCGUGGACCAUCGGGAGGGACCCCAGCACGUGGGACGAGCCGGACGAGUUCAAGCCCGAGAGAUUCUUGAACAGCUCGGUGGACUUCAAGGGACAGGAUUUCGAGCUGAUUCCUUUCGGUGCCGGGAGGAGAGGUUGCCCCGGGAUAGCGUUCGCAAUGGCGACGAACGAUCUUGUCUUGGCAAAUCUGGUGAACAAGUUCGAUUGGGCGUUGCCGGAGGGUAUGACAGCGGAGGAUUUGGACAUGACCGAAUGCACUGGUCUUACCAUCCACAGGAAAGUUCAUCUCCUUGCUGUUGCCACUCCAUUCCCUAGUUAAGACCCAUUAUCAUUACCUUAUAUUUAUUGUUAUAAACUUAAGG